UCAAACGUUUCAACUACAGGAAUAACAACAACCUUAAUCACAAAACUGCAGACUGCGUUGUAGUGUAACUGUUUUAAUGUUUUUGUAUUUGUACACAUGCAAAAAGUUUAGUAAGGUCGCAAAGAUACGCAUCUGGUUCAAAAGAUGAUGGGGUUGAAUUAACGAAUGCUUUGAUACCAGAGACACCCCAAGGUUUGGUUUCAGUUCCUCUUAAUCAUGCUAUUUUUAUGGUUUAAUAGUUCAGAGUUUGACGAGAUAUUCUGUACAUGCUAUACGUUUUACUCCGCGUUGUGUACACAGGAAAAGAAUUAAAGAGGAAAUGUGGACAUGUGGCCAUGGAUUCAGACUCUCAGCUGUUCAAUUUAAGGACUGGUGAUGAAACCACACUUCCUCUUAACACUGAGCAACUAGAGGAGACAUCAUUUAAUACUGCUGCCGGUGUCAGUACUUCCUGCCUCACUACAGCAGAGCUUCAGCAGCAUUGGCGGGCAGUAAAACAAGGGAUUAGGUCUGUCAAACUGCUGUUUCAGAUACCAUCUGCCCGUACUAUAGAACAUACAAUUUCCAGAUACGUGGUAUAUCAGAUAAUAGUAAUCAGAUCAGGCAGUUAUGAUUGUAAGCAUGUGACCAUCGAGCGCCGGUAUUCUGAUUUCCUCCACCUUCACCAUGAGCUUCUUCGGGACUUCAGCGAAGAGCUCGAGGAUAUUGCCUUGCCCAAGAAGAGGCUGAUGGGCAACUUCUCAGAAGAGAACAUCACUGAACGGCGUGUGACUCUCUGUGACUACCUAACCCAGUUGUACUCUCUUCGCUAUAUCCGACGCUCCCCUGCUUUUAUAGCAUUUUUUACACACCCUGAGCUGAAGACUGCUUACAAUAUGUUGCGUGGGGGCCAGUAUUCUAAUGCCCUCGAGGUUCUUCAGAAUGCACUUGUGCUCCAGGAGAAACUGUGUUCUCAUGAUUCAUCCCUGCUUGUGCCAACACUGUGUGCACUUUUGGUGUGCCAGAGAGACCUGGAGAAUUUUCAUGCAGCUUUCCAGACUGGAGACAGGGCACUGCCUGCAAUACGGCGCUAUGGACUGUCCAGGUAUCGUAGUCCGCUGCUGGAGGCCAUGGUUGAUCUUAGAUAUAAAUUACAUCUCCCUGUGGCUCAGUUACAAGAGGAGUUAAUCAGAGUUCAAAACUCAUCAAAUGGACCAGAGCCUCUGUCACUAAAACAGCUUGUGGUGCAAGAGUUUACAUAAACCCAUAUCUCAUUCAAAUGUAUCUAUGAUCCCAUACAAAUGAAUAAACUUUAUUAAGAUGUCUUAAA